AUGGGAAAGAAAAUCAGCUGGUUUACUUGCGUGAAAAGACUGUUCAUUCCUGACUCAAAGCCAAAAGCUGAAGAGAAAUCAAAGAGAUGGAAAUGGCUGUUUGGAAGGUUGAAGUUCAGACAGUUCCCUGCACUUGAAGCACCUGAUCAGAAAACGUUAAUUGAGGCAACAGAAGAGCAAAGAAAGCGUGCUUUGGCUGUUGCAAUUGCGACAGCAGCUGCAGCAGAGGCUGCCGUGGCUGCAGCAAAUGCUGCGGCUGAGGUGGUCCGGAUGACAAACAUUCAUUGUCAAUUUGAAAGGAAAAACCAAAAUUCUGCUGCCAUUAAAAUUCAAAGUAUUUACAGAGGACACCUUGCUAGGAAAGCACUAAAUGCACUGAAGGGAAUGGUGAAGCUUCAAGCAGUGGUUCGAGGCGAGCUUGUGAGACGCAGAGUGGUUCAAAAACUGAGGGGAAUCUCGUCAUUGGCAAAGGCACAAUCAAAACAUCAUAUAGCUCUUCCAACUCUGAAUAAAUAUCAUGAUCAUGAUCAAAAGAAGCAAAGUUUUAGCCUAAAGGAAGUGCUCAAAUCUGAAGAACUAAAGCUUGAAUGCAAAAGCCAAAGGAGUUGGGAUUUGAGCUUGUUUUCGAAGGAAGAUAUGGAAGAUUUGUGGCUAAAAAAGCAAGAAGCCACUGCCAAAAGAGUGCGGAUGAAACAAUAUUCAUUUUCUCAUCGGGAGAGAAGAAAGGACCUGACUCUGCAAGAAUUAAUAGCCCACAGAGAAAGCAGCAGGCAGUCAAGCAGAAAGGAAGAAACGGAGAAACGGAAGAAUUUACCUGAUUUAUACACUUCUGCAGGUGAUUCGAAUCGGCUGACACUACUAAAGCUGAGAACUGCACAUAAACAAGAAUUGAUAGAAGAAUUAAAUUCCCCAUUUUCACUACCUAGGAGAUCGUUUUGUCACAUAAAACAGAAAUCAAUUGGAGACGAAGGCUCCUUACCAAACUCACCAGUUUUCCCGACUUACAUGGCAGCCACGGAAUCUGCUAAGGCCAAAACAAGAUCAAUGAGCAUGCCAAAGCAACGGCUAAGAUUAUGCGAUACAUACUCAGGUCAACAUUCUCCACACAAGCUUGGGCUUUCUUCAUGGAGCUCCUUUAAUGGCGAAACGAAGAACAUUAACCAAAAGUGCAGUAUUUCUCAGUAG